UUUUACUCAUUUGUUUUCUCAUCUUUACAGGAAAAUGCCACGGGCACUAUCUAAUGUGUGGAGACAUUUAACUGCAGCUCAUGUAGAAGGAAAAGCUGUGUACAUUUGCAAAAACUGUACCAAUUCUUAUGUGAAGAAUGCAACAAAGAGUUCCUCUACUUCUAUUCGAGAUCUAAAUGUAUAUCAUGAACACAGAUAUGAUUCCAAAAUUCACCUCGAAAGACGAGGAGAUUGACUUCUGGAAGACUCUUUCCCUCAAGUACCAGAAAAAUUGCCAGGAGGCCCAGGAGGAGCUGCUGGAGUUUCAGGAGGGCAGCAGAGAGCUGGAGGCAGAGCUGGAGACCCAGCUGGGCCAGGCCGAGCACCGCACGAGAGUCCUGCAGUCUGAAAAUAGCAGGCUCAAGAAAGAGGUGGACUCACUCAAGGAAAAACUAGAGCAGCAGUAUGCCCAGAGCUACAAACAGAUCAACAUGCUGGAGGAUGACCUGGGACAGACCCGAGGCAUAAAGGAGCAGCUCCACAAAUACGUGCGGGAGCUAGAGCAGUCCAACGACGACCUAGAAAGAGCCAAGAGGGCUACAAUUGUGUCCCUGGAGGACUUUGAGCAGCGUCUGAACCAGGCUAUCGAGAGGAACGCCUUCCUGGAGAGCGAGCUGGAUGAGAAGGAAUUUGUCCUGGUCUCAGUGCAGAGAUUGAAAGACGAGGCCAGAGAUCUGCGUCAGGAGCUUGCUGUCCGAGAGCGAAAUACGGACGUAACCAGGAUGACGGCGCCCACCCAGCAGGACAACGACAAGAUGGAUUACUCUGUCCAGGCCUCCCUGUCUCUCCCUGCAACGCCGCUCGCGGAGAGUCUGGACAAUGCCUUCGCCAACCCCACAGAGUUCUCCAAUGGCCUUGGUAACUCACUGACUCCCUCUGCUAGAAUAUCAGCCCUCAACAUCGUCAGUGACUUGCUACGGAAAGUGGGGGCUCUGGAGUCUAAGCUGACAGCCUGCAGGAACUUUGCCAAGGACCAGAAAGCCAGGAACUCUUAUGCCAUCACGGAAAACGGGAACGUGAUCAACGGCAACACAGCCAAGUUCUCCCAUAUACUCCACGCGACGUCGUCAUACUACGACAAAACCAGGGCGGUGAAUGGCCUGGACCCCGGCACACUGACAGCCAUCACAGUACCCCCCUCUCCCGCACCCCCUGACCUACUGCCUCUCAUUGUGUGACGGUGACAGACAGUCCCCACUGCCAAGCCCCCCCCCCCAACACCUUCCUUCUGCCAAUGGACAAGACUGUCUUAACACAGAAAGCAUUGUGUUGACUUUCAAAUGAGGACAUAAAAAUGGCCCGCACGAUUAAACACUUUUCACAUACUGUAAUACUGGCCCCUCUUUGCAGUCACUACAUAUUAACAGGCUGUCUUUGUGUCAUUCUGACCCUUCAGUGCUUGUGGGACUAUUAUAGAGGAAACUGUGAGGGAUUCAAAUAUACAUUGAGUGUACAAAACAUUAAGAACACUUCCUAAUAUUCAGUUUUACCCCCUCCCUUUUGCCCUCAGAACAGCCACAAUUCGUCAGGGCAUGGACGCUACAAGGUGUCGAAAGCGUUACACAGGGAUUCUGGCCCAUGUUGACUCCAAUGCUUCCCAGAGUUGUCAAGUUGGCUCGAUGUCCUUUGGGUGGUGGACCAUUCUGGAUACACACCGGAAACUUUUGAGCGUAAAAAACCCAGCAGGGUUGCAGUUCUUGACACAAACCGGUGCGCCUGGCACCUACUGCCAUACCCCAUUCAAAGGCACUUAAAUCUUGUCUUCCCAUUCACUCUCUGAAUGGCACACAUACAGAACCAAUGUGUCACUUUUCUCGAGGCUUAAAAAAAACGUAUUUAACCCUUCAUCUACACUGAUUUGAAGUGGAUUUAACAAGUGACAUCAAUAAGGGAUCAUAGCUUUCACCUGAAUUCACCUGGUCAGUCUGUCGUGGAAGAAGUGGGUGUUCAUAAUGUUUUGUACACUGUCUAUUUUAUUUAACUGUUACGAUUUGUCAGUGCGUGGCAACUGAUACUGUAGCAGGUGAGAGACUAUAGAUUAGCCAGAGUCAGAAGAAAUAAGAUGCACAUGUCUGUAUUACUGUAUCUAGCAGCUUUGCCUCAGGCUGUGGAGAGACCCUAUCUCCUGCAACUUUCCAUCUGUUAUUUUCCAUUUAUGAAUGGAAAACUAUGGUUAAUGACUUGGCAGCUGGCACAGCGGUGUAGAUGUGUUUAAUAGCCUGGAAUGAUCGUUCACCACAUGGACCUGCUCCUAACAGGCUGACAUAUUGCCCAUCAAUAAUUGAUGGUGGUUUAAAUAUCCUGUCAACCUUAUAUGCCUUUCUGACCUUGAGUUUAAUUCCAGUAACCAUUUGAAGAAUCUAAUAUUUUACAGUUUUGUUUGUGUGUCUGUGUUAAAAUUGAAUGGAAACCGUAAACAUAUGUGUUGGCUUAAACAUGUUCAGAAGGGAUGAUGACGGAAAUCCUUCUUGUCUUGUUGUGGUGAGUAUUCUGGGCUUCCUGCCCUGUUAACCAUAUGGUGCACAGUAUUGGUCAUAUUGAUCACAUAUUUAAAGUUGUCCACUUGAGUGGUGUUGUCAUGGUGUUUUAGACCACUUUUGCCAGAUUUUGGGAUUUUAACUGAAAGUUUUUCUUAAUUUUCAGUGUUAUCUUAUUGAAGAAGAAAAAAAAUGUUUAUACAGCGUAUUCGGAAAGUAUUCAGACCCCUUGACAUUUUCCACAUUUUGUUACGUUACAGCCUUAAUCUAAAAGGGAUUCAAUUGUUUUUUCCCCCUCAUCAAUACCCCAUAAUGACUAAGGAAAAACAGGUUUUUAGAGGUUUAAAAAAAAAAAGAAACAUAAAAUGAAAUCACAUUUGCACAAGUAUUCAGACCCUUUAUUCAGUACUUUGUUGACGCCUUGAAUCUUCUUUGGUAUGAAGCUACAACCUUGGCACACCUGUAUUUGGGGAGUUUCUACCAUUCGCUGCAGAUCCUCUCAAGCUCUGUCAGGUUGGAUGGGAAACGUCGCUGCCCAGCUACUUUCAGGUUUCUCCAGAGAUGUUAGAUCAGGUUCAAGUACAGGAUCUGGCUAGGCCACUCAAGGACAUUCAGAGACUUGUUCCAAAGUCACUCCUGCGUUGUCUUGGCUAGGUGCUUAGGGUUGUUGUCCUGUUGUGCUCUGAAGCAGGUUUUCAUCAAGGGUCUCUCUGUACUCCAUUCAUCUUUACCUCAAUCCUGAGUAGUCUCCCAGUCCCUGCCGCUGAAAAACAACCUAACAGCAUGAUGCUUCCACCAACAUGCUUCACCGUAGGGAUGGUGCGAGGUUUCCUCCAAACAUGACACUUGGCAUUCAGACCAAAGAGUUCAAUCUUGGUUUCAUCAGACCAGAGAAUCUUGUUUCUCAUGGUCUGAUAGUCCUUUUGGAAAACCAAGUGGGCUGUCAUGUGCCUUUUACUGAGGAGUGUCUUCCGUCUGGCCACUCUACCAUAAAGGCCUGAUUGGUGGAGUGCUGCAGAGAUGGGAGAACCUUCCAGAAGGACAACCAUCUCCACAGAGGAACUCUGGAGCUCUGUCACAGUGACCAUCAAGGCCCUUCUCCCUCAAUUGCUCAGUUUGGCCGGGCAGCCAGCUCUAGGAAGACUCAGUGGUUCCAAACUUCUUCCAUUUAAGAGUGAUGGCCACUGUGUUCAUGGGGACCUUCAAUGCUGCAGACUUUUUUGUUAUCUUUCCCCAGAUCUGUGCCUUGACACAAUCCUGUCUCGGAGCUCUACGGAAUAUUCCUUUGACCUCAUGGCUUGGUUUUUGCUCUGACAUGCACUGUGGGAUCUUUAUAUAGACAGGUCUGUGCCUUUCCAAAUCAUGUCCAAUCAAUUGAAUUUUACAACAGGUGAACUCCAAUCAAGUUGUAGAAACAUCUCAAGGAUGAUCAAUGGAAACAGGAUGCACCUGAGCUAAAUUGAGUCUCAUAGCAGAGUCUGUUACGUUAGUCUAUUCUAAAAUGUAAGUACUCAAUGUGGAAAAAGUCACGGGGUCUGAAUACUUUCCGAAUGCACUGUGUAUCACACAAUUGUGUGUUGGCAACCUAUAUUUGAAGUAAGUAGCACUUCAUCCUGUGCAAAUAUUUUCCCCUUAUUUUCACAUUUAUUUUAUCAGUUUUAUUCAAUUGCAAUAUUGCCUGUUUGUAUGUUUUAAUGUACAUAGUUUUGUUAAUUUAUUUCAGAUUUAUUUCAUGGGAUGAUUUUAGAUUCAAAUAAACAUUUUG